CUAUCCUGAAUCUUUACAAUCUUUACAAUCUUUACAAUCUUUACAAUCUUUACAAUCUUUACAAUCUUUACAAUCUUUACAAUCUUUACAAUCUUUACAAUCUUCGGCGGUGCUGCUGUAGGGGUUUGAAGGGCCCAGCGUAGCGCGACGCGACGCGAAACAGCGCAAUGGACGCGACCUCGGAUAGCAUCGUUGUGUCCCCCGAGGACCUCGGCCCUCGAGACUCCAGCAUGCGCAAAUCAGACCGACCGCGAAGACUGACAGCGAAAGGGUUGGAGAAUCUAUCUGGUAACGUUGGGAUAGUGAUACAAGCCCUAAUCUGCGAAACACGCAAAGAAACAAUAAAAUAAAUAGCGAAGGCACAGGAGGAAACAGUAAAGGAAAUCACGAGCUCGCACGAGAGAAUUAUUGAGACCCUAUGGAAUGCGUGGAAAAAGGAGCAGCAGGCGCUGAAGAAAUUAAUUGAGGGCCAGGAGAAAGCAAUCG